GCAGCAGCAGCAGCGAUGGCUCACAGCUUCACCCAGGAGUAUUUUCAGAUCCCCGUGGUGACCCGAGCGUAUACGACCGCCUGCGUCCUCACCACCGCUGCCGUGCAACUUGAGGUCAUCACCCCCUUCCAGCUCUACUUCAACCCCGACCUCAUCAUCAGAAGAUACCAGGUAUGGCGUCUGAUAACCAGCUUCCUCUUCUUCGGCUCUCUUGGAUUCAGUUUCGUGUUCAACAUCAUCUUUCUCUAUCGAUACUGCCGGAUGCUGGAGGAGGGCUGUUUCCGGGGACGGACGGCAGAUUUUGUUUUCAUGUUCCUGUUUGGAGGAAUCGUCAUGACUCUGUUCGGUCUGUUCGCCAACGUCUUCUUCCUGGGCCAGGCCUUCAUCAUCAUGCUGGUGUACGUGUGGAGUAGAAGACAUCCGCUCAUACGCAUGAACUUCUUCGGCCUCCUGAACUUCCAGGCCCCGUUUCUCCCCUGGGUGCUCAUGGGAUUUUCGCUGCUGCUCGGAAACUCCAUCAUGGUCGACCUCCUCGGCAUCAGUGUCGGCCACAUGUACUACUUCCUAGAAGACGUGUUUCCGAACCAGCCAGGAGGAAGGAAGCUGCUGAUGACACCAGAACUUCUGUAA